CGGCACCGGCCGUGUCCUGGCAACGAGGCGUCCCCGGGGUACCCACCGGCCCCCGGGACGCCUGGGCUGAGACAGCCACCGUGCCACGUCCACCGGGCGCGCUGGGGCACGGAGCCGUGGCCAGGUGUGCCGGGGCUCAGGUGAGCCUCCAGGAACAGCGGCCGGUGCCAGGCCGUGCCCGCGCAGAGGCGGCGGCAGCUCCCAGCGCCUGGUACGGGGCUGCCUGGCACAGGGUGCUCGGUACAAGCCCGCUGGCAGCAGCAUGGAGAAAGGACCCUGGCAUCCCGCCCGCUGCCCUGUGCCCCCACGGUGGUGCCAGGCCGCCCCCAGGCCGGCUGGGGUGCCCCGGUGCUGUCUGUGACCCCGUGCCGAUGGAGAGGAUGAGCUGGCUGAGCAAGCUGACCCCACGGGCGGGCGGGCAGCGAGCCCCCCGCAGCGCCAGCCUGCAGCCCCCCGUCACCGCUGACCCCGAGACCUGCCUCAUGGUCUUCAAGAACCACUGGGCACAGGUGCUGCGGAUCCUGGAGCGGCGCGGGAGCAAACCAGCCCCCGAUGACCUCAGCGCCGUCCGCAACAACACCUACCAGAUGCUGAACCUGCUGGCUGAGGACCGGCCCUGGGGGGACGGGGACAAGGACAGGUCACAGGGGGACGGGGACAUGGCCUGCGGGCCCAUCCUGGAGUUUGUGGCUGCUGAGAACCUGCUGGAGCGGCUCCUGUGCUGGCAUCUGCAGGGCGACUUCACCGAGGAGAGGAAGGUGGAGCAGCUGAAGCUGUACGAGAUGCUGAUCAGCCAGGCCCGGCAGCCCCUGCUGCGGCACAAGCCGGUGCUGACGCCGCUGCUGCGCCUGCUGAGCGUGUGCGCCGAGCCUGCCUCGGCCCCGCUGGAGAACAGCCUGGUGCUGCUGCUCAACCAGCUCUGCGUCUCCGUGGCACGCGAGCCGGCCAUCCUGGAGCUCUUCUUCCACAGCCACACGGACCAGGGCCCCGCCAACCUCAUCAUCUUCUCGCUCCUCAUCCCCUUCAUCCACCACGAGGGCGCGCGGGGCCAGCAGGCACGGGACGCGCUGCUGCUCAUCAUGGCCAUGUCGGCCAGCAACCGCGCCGUGGCCCAGUCCAUCACCGACAACUCCUACUUCUGCCCGGUGCUGGCCACGGGCCUGAGCGCCCUGUACUCCUCCCUGCCCCGCAAGAUCGAGGUGCGAGGAGACGACUGGCACUUCCUGCGGCGGGAGGACUGGAUCGGCGUCUCCUCCCUCGUCCUCUUCAUGAACUCGCUUGAGUUCUGCAAUGCUGUCAUCCAGGUCGCCCACCCACUGGUGCAGAAGCAGUUGGUGGAUUACGUCCACAACGGGUUCCUUGUGCCCGUCAUGGGGCCGGCGCUGCACAAGACCUCGGUGGAGGAGAUGAUUGCGAGCACGGCGUACCUGGACCUGUUCCUGCGCAGCGUCAGCGAGACGGCGCUGCUGAAAACCUUCCUGCGCUUCGUGCUGCUGCACCGGCACGACAACACCACCAUCCUGGACACGCUGGUGGGCCGCAUCAACAGCAACUCCCGGCUGUGCAUGGUGUCCCUGAGCCUCUUCCGGACCCUGCUCAGCCUCAACUGCGAGGAUGUGAUGCUGCAGCUGGUGCUCAGGUACCUGCUGCCCUGCAGCCACGUGAUGCUGAGCCAGAAGCGGGCGGUGCGGGACCUGGACAUCUACGGGAAGACAGCGGCGAAGUUCCUGUCCCUCAUCCCGCGCUGCUGCCGGCCCGAGAGCCCCCCGCCACCCCGCGACCGGGACGAGGAGCCCCCCUCCCGGGCCAGGGGCCACGGCAGCCCCGGCGCAGACGCCCCCCCGGCUCCGAAGCCCUCCACGCCGUCCCGCCUCUCCUUCUUCAUGCGCCAGGCCAGCGCGGCCCCCGCCGAGGCCGCUGCCCCCCGCUCCCCCGGGCCCCCCGCGGGCAGCCCCCCCCGGCCCGGCCCCCGGGACGAGGUGGCGGAGCUGGACAGGAAUUACCUGGAAUACCUGCGGGACGCGCGGCGCAGCAUUGACCGCUGCGCCUGGGCCUGCCGCGUCUGGUCGGCGCCCUACGACGGCGAGGACCCCCGCGCCCCCGGCCCCACGCCCGACCCCGACAGCCCCCCGGGGCGGCCCCCGGGACCCCCCACCCCACGGACUAAGAAGCGGGGGCUGCCCGAGGAGGGGGCGCGGGAGGCGCCGGGGGGACCCCUCGGGGGCGACGAGCCCAGGGCCGGGGGGCCUGGCCCCGAGCCCCGGGAUGGGGGGACGCUGGUGAACGGGGCGCACGGGGCGGCUGAGCCAGGGCGGCCGGAGGGGGAUGUGGUGGUGAAGAAGGUCCGUCGGAGCCCCCAGGGCGAGGGGGAGGGCAAGGGGGGGGCUCCGAACGGGGCCCCUCAGGCGCAGCCCCCUGGCUGGGAGCCUCUGCCCUCGGUGGACUCGCUCUUGGAGGAGCUGCUGGCCCGCGUGCCCGCCGAGCCCCCUGGGGCCGGCGUCUCCAUCGAGACCUUCACUGAGGAGCUGCGUGAAAUUGAGGCCGAGAUGCAGAACGGGGGCGUGGGGGGAGCCCCAGCCACCCCCACGGAAGCCCCUGAGCCGCCCUUGUCCCACGAGGAGGAGGAGGCCUUUGCCAGCUUCGCUGCGUUGCCCGAGGGGGACGCGGGCAGCGGGCGGGCGCCGCCACGGCCCCCAGACCCCCUGGCGCAGGUGGUGGCCAGCCCGCCGCGGGCGGUGGGGCCACCCCCCAGCCAGCCCUUCACAGGCCCCUUCGUGUCGGUGCUGUUUGGGAAGCUGGAGAACAUGCCCCACAACUCUCUGUAUGUCAACUUCCUGCUGACGGGGCUGGUGGCCCAGCUGGCCUGCUACCCCCAGCCUCUGCUCCGCUCCUUCCUGCUCAACACCAACAUGGUCUUCCAGCCCAGUGUCAAGUCCCUGCUCCAGGUGCUGGGCUCGGUGAAGAACAAGAUCGAGAGCUUUGCUGCCACUCAAGAGGAUUUCCCAGCGCUGCUCUUCAAGGCCAAGAAGUACCUGAUUGCUCGGGGGCGGCUGGACUGGGCUGAGGGGCCAGGGGCUGUCCCUGCUCUGCGGCGCACCGACACCCUGGCCCGCAGCCGGAAGCCGUCCCUGGGGGAGCUGCUGCUGCGCCACGCCAACAGCCCGACCCGCGCGCGGCACGCGGCGCAGCUGGCGCUGCAGGGGCUGCGGGACGGGGGGCUGCACCCCCUGGCCCCCCCGGCGCGGCACGGCGAGGCCCUGCGCGUGCGCAACGCCGUCUACUGCGCCGUCAUCUUCAGCGAGUUCCUCAAGGAGCUGGCGGCCAUCGCCCAGGCCCACGCCGUCACCUCCCCCUUCCUCACCGAGCCCCCCGAGGAGUGACCCCCGGGCCCCCUUUCUGACCCGGACUCGGACCUUUUUAAUUUAUUGGGGCGGAGCCGGGCCGAGGCCGGGCCGCACUUCGGACGCGAGCGGCCGCCCUUGCCCCGCGCCCCGGGGCAGCAGGGCAGGACCCUGGGGUCCCCGGGGCUGGCGGGGCGGGGGUCGCGGGGCGGGCUGGCUCUGCCCCCCUCGGCCCCCCGGGGGUUCCUGGUGCCCGCCCGGCCGCUCUCUAUGCAACCCCCGGGGCGAGGGGCUGGGGGGGCUGUGCAUGGGGAGGGGAUGUGUGUCUGUGCUGUGUAGAACCCUUGGGAAUAAAGGGCCUGAUUGAGGGCA